CUAUAUCCUAUAGACCCCCUCUAAAUUGGCAUAGCUCCGCCACAGUUAAACUAAACCCCAACUCCAAAUUUGCAGAAGUUUCUUCCAGGGUUUAAUUCUCAGUAUUUGUUGUUCUCAUUCUUCACAACCAGAGAGACAUCAAAGACUUGUUUGUCAACAUGGCAACUACGAACCAGGAUCUUUUGAAGUUGGAGCUGAAAACCUCUACAUCUUCUUCUUUUGAAUCAUCACUUCUUGUCUGCCCUACAAAGGAAACACCAUCCCCAGGCUCGAUUUGUGGGGAAAAGCUAGUGACAAGUUCCAUUCCUAGAAGCCAAGUGCUUGGGAAAGUGAGGGAUUUCUUUGGAGUAAUGGCUGAAGCUAAUGAAAAGCUGCAGAAUGAUGUCAAAGAGAAUUCUGGCAAGGAUUACAAUAUUGAGGCGCUCACUGGAAAUGAAAAUGAAUUCAUUGAGAUGGAUUUGGUUCUGGGUGUUGCUGAUCUUCAUACCCCAGAAGCUGUGGCUGCUGCUGAAUCUGCCAUGGCUGGCUCCCAACGAGUGAUUAAUUUAGCAGACAACGAUAGUGAUUCUGAUACAGAAAGCAGUGAUGACGAAAAUGAAGAUGACAAUGAUGAGGGAACCACAGGAAACGGUACCGAGAAAGUGAAGUCUCGUAAAGAUGAUUCUUCUGGCGACAGGCAACCAAAAAAGCGACCAAAGAUCAUUGAGCUCCUUUGAUAACCUUUUUCAUCACCGCGUUAUUGUGCAACCCUUACUACUAAGAUUAACAGAGAAACAGCUUAUGGAGUCCUUGCGGUAUUUUGCGUGGAGUCAACUUGUAAGGAUUGUGUAGAAAAAUACAAAAGAAACAACUGCGUGCCUGUAGGAGGACUGCAUUUGCCCGAGCAUUCUAGAGCUUUUUCUUGAUGCCCUUGGAUUAAAAAUUAGUUUCUAGUGCUUUGUUGAGUAGAUUCCUUGCCAAGUAGAAAGUGUUUGUUUGUUAUUUUCAUGUAUUCCUGUCCAGAAAUCGCUUUGAAUCACAAAUGCAGUCAGGAUAAACUGCACAAGAAGUAACCUGCUGGAAUUUUACAUUGUAGGGUUCUGAGUUCUGACAAAUAAGCCCUAUAUCAUCCGUGGAAAACCAAGUUCCAUUGGGAUGUGAAGUGCAUUAUCGUCAUUAUUUUGACUAGAUGUCAUGGUGCGGGA